AUUUAUGUACACACGAUAUCGUCAAUAUGCAUCCCUGCAAAGGACGUGUCCGUAAAUAGAUCCACACACCAAUUCUCGCCUCCCAGCUCUACUCCACCCCGCCACCCGGCCCCACCCACCCCGUUUGGAUCAUGUCUACUCCGGCGCGACGCCGACUAAUGAGAGACUUCAAAAGGCUUCAGGAGGAUCCGCCCGCCGGUGUGAGUGGGGCUCCCGGUGACAACAACAUCAUGUUGUGGAAUGCGGUCAUCUUUGGUCCCCACGACACGCCCUUCGAGGAUGGCACCUUUAAACUCACCAUCCAGUUCACGGAAGAGUAUCCGAACAAACCCCCCACGGUUCGCUUCAUCUCCAAGAUGUUUCACCCCAACGUGUACGCCGAUGGAGGCAUUUGUUUGGAUAUCCUGCAGAACCGUUGGAGUCCCACGUACGACGUGUCCGCCAUCUUGACCUCCAUUCAAUCCCUCUUGGACGAGCCCAACCCCAACAGUCCGGCCAAUUCAGUAGCGGCUCAACUAUACCAAGAAAACCGCCGCGAGUACGAGAAACGCGUGGCUCUCAUCGUCGAACAAUCUUGGCUUCAUUACUCGGAUCAGACCGAGUAG